AUGGAGAGAUCAAAUAAUUGUGGUGCACCUGGAACCUUAAACCCCAGGCGGUCGAAGAGCGCUCGACCGUUUAAAUUCCUUGGGAUCCUGACCUCGCGACGACAGAGCGAAAGUUUAGGUCUACAGAGGUCGCCCGAAGUAGGAGGAGACGACAAGAAGAAUGGCAUCUUCCAAAGUGACGCUCUUUCUCCUACACUUUUUGUUUUAUCUGUCACUCCUAUUUCUCAUGUGCUUAACCAUCUAGCGCCAGUCCCAAGAGCGGCAAUAGACUCUAUUAUGGGUUUUUCGGCUCAACUCGGACAUGAAUUUUAUAUAGACGCGAUGACGAAGGACGAUCUUGAAAGUUGA